CUAAAAAGUUGUCGGUUGUUGCGAUGGGAUCUUUUGGCUGCUAGGGCGUGAGGUGUUGACCAAGCGCGCACUUACGAAAAGCUUGCACUUUGUACUAGCCAAGCACCCAAUUAUUGCUUGGUCCUUCCCAAUCUUCCCCCACUUCUCUGCAUUUCUAGCACACGAAACACAGACCACAGAUGGAUCGCAGAGUGCAGUAGGAGCACAUAGGUCAAUGGAGGUGGUGAGCGCUUCUCAUGGCGUGUUGGGUCCGCUACUGGGGAAGCUCACCUCCCUGCUCGCCGACGAGUGUGCCCGCCUCGAAGGUGUCCGCCGUGAGAUCCGGUCACUCAGAUCUGAGCUGAUCAGCAUGCAUGCUGCAGUCCAGAAGUAUGCCAAGCUGCAAGAUCCUGAUGUCCAAGUGAAGGCAUGGAUAUCGCUGGUGAGGGAGCUGGCCUAUGACACCGAGGAUGUCGUUGACAAGUUCGUCCACCACCUUGGCAACGGCUGCCACAACGGUGGCUUCAAGGAGUUCUUCCGGAAGACUGCUCGCCGACUCAAGACUCUUGGGUCUCGCCGCGGGAUAGCCAACCAAAUUGACGAGCUGAAGGCUCGUGUCAAGGAGGUGAAAGAGCUCAAGAGCAGUUACAAGCUGGAUGAUAUUGCUGGUAGCACCUUUGAGCAUUCCGCUGUGGAUCCCCGGUUGUCUGCGCUUUUUGUCGAGGAAGAACACCUUGUGGGCAUUGACGGUCCAAGAGAAGAUCUUGUCAAUUGGAUGGUGGAAGAGAAAGAUAGCUCGACCAAGAAUCUCAAGGUGUUGUCUAUUGUUGGGUUCGGAGGGCUGGGAAAGACGACGUUGGCCAAAGAGGUCUGUCGCAAGAUCCAAGGGCAUUUUCAUUGUCAGGCUUUCGUCUCAAUCUCUCAAAAGCCGAAUGUGAAGAACAUUAUGAAGGAUCUGAUCUACCAAGUGCCAUGCAAGAAAGAAUUUAAAGAAGAUAUUGACACUUGGGAUGAUAAGAAAUUUAUUGCGAAGCUAAGGGAACUGCUACAAGAUAAGAGGUACCUCAUCGUUAUUGAUGAUAUAUGGUCUGUAUCAGCAUGGGGCACUAUUAAAUGUGCUUUCCCGGAGAAUAACCUUUCUAGCAGAAUUAUAGCCACCACACGAAUUGUUGAUGUAGCAAGAUCAUGUUGUCCGCGUGGUGAUAUUGACCGCAUCUAUGAAAUGGAAGCCCUAAGUGAUCUUCACUCCAAAAGAUUGUUUUUCAAAAGAAUAUUUGGUUCCGAGGACUGCUGCCCUGAUGUGCUAAAACAGGUUUCAAAUAAAAUAUUGAAGAAAUGUGGAGGCCUACCAUUGGCGAUUAUCAGUAUAUCCAGUUUAUUGGCAAACCGACCAGUGGUACAAGACGAGUGGGAGAGGGUCAGAAGGUCUAUUGGUUCUGCACUGGACAAAAACCGAAGCUUAGAGGGAAUGAAUAGCAUACUAUCCCUUAGCUACAAUGAUCUUCCACCUAAUCUUAAGACCUGUUUGUUAUACUUAAGCAUAUUUCCGGAGGACACUGUCAUUGAAAGGGAGAUGUUAGUGAGGCGAUGGAUAGCAGAAGGCUUUAUCUGUGAAGAGCGUGGACAGAGCAAACAAGAGGUUGCCGAGAACCAUUUCUAUGAGCUAAUCAACAGAAGCAUGUUCCAACCAGUGGAAAUUGGCUACGAUGGAAAGGCUCAUGGUUGUCAAGUCCACGACAUGAUGCUUGAGCUCAUCAUUUCAAAAUCGGUUGAAGAUAAUUUCAUCGCUUUCAUGGGCCAUGGGCAGAAUGAUCUGGCAAAUCGCCAUGGUCUUAUACGGCGACUGUCAGUCCAUUACAUUGACCAAGAGCAGGCAUCUGUAUUGGCAAAUGAAGAUUUAAGUCAUGUUCGAUCUCUAACGGUGAUAACAUCAGCUUGCAUCAAACACUUGCCUAGUCUUGCUGAGUUUGAAGCUUUGCGUGUACUAGAUUUUCAAGGUUGCCAAAAUGUGCAAGAGUAUGAUAUGAAUGGUAUAGAUAAACUUUUCCAGCUGAAGUAUUUGAGCUUUAGCCGCACUAACAUGCGGGAGCUACCAUCAGGAAUUGUGAGGCUAUAUGGUCUAGAGACGCUAGAUCUUAGAGAUACAUGUAUCGAAGAGUUGCCACCCGAGAUUGUUCAGCUCAUUAAGCUACAGCAUUUACUUGCGUCCGUUGGGGCUGCAGGUGGAGUGAAGAUACCAAAUAGGAUUGGAAAUAUGAGAAACUUACGGGUGAUCUCAGGCUUUAAUGUUAUCGAGAGUUCAUUAGGUGCGGUGGAGGAGCUGGGGAAUCUGACAGCUUUGUAUGAACUAUAUAUACAUCUGGACGGUGGAGGAUCUCAGGAGUACAAGAGACAUGAAGAGAUGUUACUUUCCUCUCUAUGCAAGCUUGGCGGAUGCAAACUCCAGUCUUUAUCUAUACGUGCUGCCAACUCGAUACCACUCCAGUUCUUAUAUUCUUGGUCCCCUCUGCCAUCUUCUCUCAAAAGUUUUCGUAUGUUCACUCACUAUUAUUUUCCGAAGAUGCCGAAGUGGAUUGCGCCAAAACUCACCCGUCUUGCAUGCCUACACAUUAAUUUAGUGGAAAUAACGGAGGAGGAUCUGCGCAUACUUGGGGAGAUGCGUGCCUUGCUUUCUCUGUUGUUAGCAUGCAAUGGUGCCCAAAAUGAAAGGAUCGUUUUCAGAGGCCAUGCAUUCCCAUGUUUGAAGGAAUUCCACCUUUUUAUUGAUAAUUUUGGUACAAGGCCAACAUAUGUGAAGUUUGAAGAAGGGGCGAUGCCAAAGCUCGAGAAGCUUCACGUGCCAUUCUUUGUGUCAGUGGCAAAAGCUUAUUAUGGGUUUAGCUUAGGUAUUAACCAUCUCCCAUGUCUGAAACAUGCUGAUGUUAUACUUGACAAUAUACACGCGACAUCUUCCGAAAGCAAGGCUGCAGUGGCUGCCAUAAGGACUGAAGCAAAUGCCCACUCCAAUCAUCCCAGGGUAUUGAUAUAUGGAAAAGGACGCGAAGGGAGUUACACGGAUGAGGAAGAGGGCUAGAUACCUGAGGGAAAUGUUACCAUCACUACAUUUCAUUACCACUGCGAGAGGUGCUGCUCUGCCUUGAAUGAAUGUUGCUGUGAAGCUUCGAACCGACAUUCGUUUUGCCUUUCAGAUGGGAAUACACAUGGCGAACGAAGAAGCUCAAAUAAAGAUGUCUCGGAAGAAGUUGCCCUAAUUGAGUCGCUCUGCUACAUAGCACCCAUUCCGUUUUGUAUCUGAUUUUAUUUCCCCCUUGUUUUGCCUUUCAGAUGGGAAUACACAUGGCGAACGUUGAAUUCAAUAUUUAUUUAUUGUUAAUCCCAUUUGCUACACUCCUCUCAUCUCAAAAAUAAGCUUGUUAUACUAUGCUCAGUAUUCUUGAAUGGUAAUUAUAGUUCCGAAGAGAAUGGUAACUGCAAUUACUUUUUCCGUUGCAGAACGCCCAAAGACCAGGAUAAUUGCUUACUUCGGGAUUCAAGCCAUGUUUGGAUGCGCUCCAACUAAAAUUUAGCUUGCUAAAGUUUGAAGAUCUUUUUAGCAAACUAAAGGUUAUAUUGCUAAACUUUAGCAGGGGCUGUUUGGAUCCCCUUGCUAAACUCUUCUAAGUGAUCAUGAUAUCUAUAUUUAAUUCUCUGCUCCACCCCCACCCUUCGUUUAA